GAGAGAGAGAAGUGAAUCAGGAAGUAUGCUAGAACUAAGAGCCUGGGCUCUACGGUUCUGGGUAUCCCAGGGCUAUCAGAGGGGCAGGAAAGAAACCUCAGGCCCAGGGCCAUCACCACUAUCUCAGCCUCUGUGUGGAUCCUGGGAGUCCAUGGCUACCAGGAUGUACUAGUCACUGUCCACGGUUGACUUCAAAGCCUGAAAUCCCUGGGGAUGCCACCCAGUCCCACGAGUCUGCAUUGCCCUGCAUCUGAGCUGGGAGAUGGGCUCGGCUCCUGAACUCGCCCCAGCCAGAAAACAACAUAACAUUCACUUGCCGGGAAGAGUCUGCCUGACUCUGGGCCACUUGGAGUGCAGGUGGAAGGGAGCCAAGCUUGGGAGAUGCAGAGCACAGCUAAUUACCUAUGGCACACGGAUGACCUGCUGGGACAGGGGGCCACUGCCAGCGUGUACAAGGCCCGAAACAAGAAAUCUGGGGAGGUGGUUGCUGUGAAGGUCUUCAACUCAGCCAGCUACCGGCGGCCCCUCGAGGUGCAAGUGAGAGAGUUUGAGGUGCUGCGGAAGCUGGAUCACCAGAAUGUCGUCAAGCUCUUCGCUGUGGAGGAAACGGGAGGCAGCCGGCAGAAGGUGAUAGUGAUGGAGUACUGCUCCAGUGGGAGCCUGCUGAGUGUGCUGGAGGACCCUGAGAACACCUUUGGGCUUCCCGAGGAGGAGUUCCUGGUGGUACUGCGCUGUGUGGUGGCUGGCAUGAACCACCUUCGGGAGAACGGCAUCGUCCACCGCGACAUCAAGCCUGGGAACAUCAUGCGCCUGGUGGGGGAGGAGGGGCAGAGCAUCUAUAAACUGUCUGACUUUGGGGCUGCCCGGAAGCUGGACGACGAUGAGAAGUUCGUUUCUGUCUACGGUACAGAGGAAUACCUGCACCCUGACAUGUAUGAGCGGGCGGUGCUUCGCAAACCCCAGCAAAAGGCGUUCGGGGUGACUGUGGAUCUCUGGAGUAUUGGGGUGACCCUGUACCAUGCAGCCACCGGUAGUCUGCCCUUCAUCCCCUUUGGCGGGCCCCGGCGCAACAAGGAGAUCAUGCACAGAAUCACCACAGAGAAGCCAGCCGGGGCCAUUUCAGGGAUUCAGAGGCAGGAAAAUGGGCCGCUGGAGUGGAGCUAUAGCCUGCCCAUCACCUGCAGACUGUCCAUGGGGCUGCAGAGCCAGCUGGUACCCAUCCUGGCCAACAUCCUGGAGGUAGAGCAGGCUAAGUGCUGGGGCUUUGAUCAGUUCUUUGCAGAGACCAGUGACAUCCUGCAGCGAAUCGUCAUCCACGUCUUCUCCCUGCCCCAGGCGGUCUUACAUCACAUCUACAUCCACGCCCACAACACGAUUGCCAUCUUUUUGGAGGCUGUAUAUGAGCAGACCAACGUGCCCCCCAAACACCAGGAGUACCUCUUUGAGGGUCACCCUUGUGUCCUGGAGCCAAGCCUCUCAGCCCAGCACAUGGCCCCCACCGCCGCGGACAGCCCUCUGAUUCUGUUCAGCGUGGCCAGUGACUCACCCAAGGGGCUGGCCUUCAGGGACCCUGCUCUGGAUGUCCCCAAGUUCGUCCCCAAGGUCGACCUACAGGCAGAUUACAGCACCGCUAAGGGGGUGCUGGCUGCUGGUUUCCAGGCCCUGUGGCUGGCGCGGGUCCUGCUGGAUGGGCAGGCGUUGAUGCUUCGAGGGUUGCACUGGAUCCUGGAGAUGCUUCAGAACACGUGCCAGCAGACACUGGAGGUCACGCGGACAGCCCUCCUCUUCCUCAGCAGCAGCCUGGGCAUCGAAAGACUCAGCAGCAGGGCUGAGAUGCCUGACUUCCAGGAACUAAAGGAGGCCACAGAGCUGAGGUCCAGGCUGCAGACUUUCUCAGAGGUCCUCUCUAGAUGUUCCCACAAUGUCACAGAGACCCAAAUGAGCCUGAGCUGCCUGGGUGGAGAGCUUUUGAAGAACCGGAAUCAGAUCCAUGAGGACAACAGAAGUAUCCAGAAGAUUCAGUGCUGUUUGGACAAGAUGCACUUCAUCUACAAGCAGUUCAAGAAAUCUAGGAUGAGGCCAGGACUCAGCUACAACGAGGAGCAGAUCCACAAGCUGGAUAAGGUGAAUUUUAGCCACUUGGCCAAGAGGCUGCUGCAGGUGUUCCAGGAGGAGUGUGUGCAGAAGUAUCAGGUGUCGCUGGUCACACAUGGCAAGAGGAUAAGGCAGGUGCAGAAGGCCCAGAACCACCUGCACCUCAUUGGCCGCUCUGUGGCUGCCUGUAACGCAGAAGCCCAGGAAACGCAAGAGAGCCUGAGCAAGAUCCUUGAUCAGCUCCUUCUGGACAGAGCACCGGGGGCUCAGAUCUCACCACACCCCAUGGCUCCUCAUCCCAGCCCUGAUCCCAAGGACCUGGUCUUCCACAUGCAGGAGCUUUGUAAUGAUAUGAAACUGUUGGCCUUUGAUCUCCAGGACAACAACCGUCUCAUCGAACGGCUGCAUAGAGUUCCGCCAGCACCAGAGGUCUGAGCUCCAUGGGGUGCACAAGGCACUCGGAAGCAUUAGAAUCACUCAUACUGCACCCCUGCACCGUGAGACCAAAUUCCGGGCCAGCUCUGGGCCCAUCUCACCAGCCUACCUCCUUCUUUGGCCACUGGCCAGCAAACUAGCAUUUUGGCCGCCUGUCCUCUUGGGAAGCAGCUGGGACAGGGACUCCUAGCCAUCCCAGACAGCACCCACAGGAGAGCCUGCAGCUACCACUGCCUCAUGCAGACACCAAGACUGUUCCUCCUCACCCAGGCCUCGAGGUCUGAACUCAGGAGGCCUUGGGAAGAAGAGCUGAGCCAUCCCACCACUCUGCACUUCCAGGGACCAACAGGCUCUUCUGGGGCUUCUCCAGGGUGCUGGAGCAGAGGACUUACUCGGCAAGGCUUCCCUUUGAACACAGCCUGCUAUUUCCUGAGUGACCCCAUCCCUGGCCACAGGCACCCAAUAAACAGCCCCUUUGUGCUGUG